AUGUCGUUGAAAAGCAAGCUCGGGUAUCAACUGAAUUACGGGAUAAAAUGUACAUUCUCUACAUCCACACAUGCACUAAAAAGAAGUUCUCGAGUUCUCAAGAAACAACCCAAGAACAAAAUUUCUCUUGCACCAGCGUUUACAGAAAGCUUGAAAAAAUGGCCGAAACUUUUAGACGCAGAAAUUGAUGCUCAGUUUGAAAAGCUGGAUGAGCUCAUUCGAAACAAGUCGGAUUGGAGAGAGAUCGAAGAACGAGGUUUAUGCAUCGGAAACCUAAUAAUCACCUCAAAACAUCAUGAUGUCUACAAUGGAAGUGUGGUUUCACUGACAGGAGAUUCAAUAAUUGAAACCAGAUGGCUCAAGAAUGGUAUUCCAGUUUUGCUAAAUAGAAUCGAUUCCGAUGGACGUUUGAAAAAAAUAACGGAAGGUCAUGUUAUCGAUACUACGAAUGGAAUUCUAAAAUUAUGUAUCUAUUGUGAUGAAUAUAUCGACUUUUCAACGACGAAUUAUGUUCUAAUACCAUCUCGAAACGGCGGAGCAACUAAGUUUCUGCAAAGCAUUCUAAAAGAUCCAUCAACUCUAUCCAGUGACAGUGUUCACUUGAUCAAUCUCGCCUACAGAGCCAUAACUAUGCCUUCAAUUCAUGGACCACCGGGAACCGGAAAAACGAGAGUAAUCGCCGAGAUCGUACAUCACCUAUUGAAAAAGAAAAAGAAAGUUCUUGUUUGUGCCCCGACACACGUUGCAGUCAGGAAUGCUAUGCAGGCUACGAUGAGAAGAAUGCUUCUGGAAAUUCCGGCAAAUAUUGUUGAAGCACAGGUGUGCACAUUAAACAGUUUGAGAGACGAAUUCCAGCAACAUCAGUUUUUUCCAAAAUUAUUAGCAGCGAAUGAACGACUGGCUAAAACAAAUAAGAAUGAUCCCGAAUACAAAAAAGUUUCUCGUGAAUAUUACUAUCUGUGGUUAUCUAUUGUUCGCAGUAUUUAUUCACCGCGUCAGGCUAUAUACUCAACCCUGGGCACUUCUUCUAUCCAGAAGCUGAACGAAUAUGGCUGGAAAGCGGAUGUGAUGAUUGUAGAUGAAGCUGCUCAAUGUACAGAACCUGCUACUUGGGUUCCUGUUCUAACAACUCCGUCAUGCAAAAAAUUGAUUCUUGUGGGCGAUCAGAAACAACUUCCAGCAGUUGUUUUUUCUGAAAAAGCAAUGCAAGAAAAUAUGAAAGUGUCGUUGAUGGAGAAACUUGCUAGAGAGUUCGCAAGUAAUAAUAUCAAUAUUCUACUGAAUGAACAAUACCGAAUGAAUGAAAAGAUUAUGAACUGGCCGAAUGAAAUCUUCUACGACAACAAGCUUACAGCUCAUUCAAGUGUCGCCGACAUCACGUUGAGAGAUAUUUGUCCUAACAUUCCAGAAGGUUUUGUUCUUAAUAACCCAAUUCUCAUGAUUGAUAUGGAAAAAUUCGAAAAUAAAUCUCAGGAGGAAUGUCUGGAACCAUUUUCAUACUCAAAUACCGGCGAAAUCAAUGUGAUAAAAGAUUACGUGAUUCGGCUAGUAGCGGAUGUGGGCGUGGACCCAAAGGAUAUUGCAGUAAUUGCUCCAUACUACGCUCAGAUUGAGAGACUUCGUUCGGAGAUACCCUUCCGCGUUGAUAUCAAUACUGUUGAUGCCUUUCAAGGAUCUAUCGGUUUCUUGAGAGAAACUCGACGAUUGAAUGUUGCUGUCACUCGCGCUAAAAGACAAUUUGUACUGAUUGGAAGUAGUCGAAUGAUGAUGCGACGGAACAAAGAUCUACGAAAACUUUACAAGUAUCUCAAAUCAGAAAAGGUUGUGUUUGGACCAGAGAUCUUCGAUAACUUCGUAGACGCUGGACUUCCAUCAAUGAACAGAAGAUCAGAUUAA